CUAAAAGUUUCUCUGUUUCUUUCAGUAGGCUGGCAUAGCCAUUUUUCUUUUUCUUUAUCUAUAAAUCAGAGCCGUUUGGGCAAAACCAAGCUUAUUCUCUGAAACAAUGGCAAAUUUAAGCCAGCCAUUGAAUUUAGUAGCUUAUCUUUUCUUUUUUUGUUUCCUUCUUUCCCUUUCCUUUCCUUCUACUCCUGUCCAUGCUCUUAACAUCGGUGUCCAAACAGCAAAUUCAGCCAUCACUUUGAGUAAAGAAUGCAGUAGGAAAUGUGAGUCUGAGUUCUGUUCAGUGCCUCCAUUUCUGAGAUAUGGAAAGUACUGUGGACUGCUGUACAGUGGAUGUCCAGGGGAGAAACCUUGUGAUGGCCUUGAUGCUUGUUGUAUGAAGCAUGAUUCCUGUGUACAAGCUAAAAACAAUGACUAUCUAAGCCAAGAGUGCAGCCAAAACUUCAUAAACUGCAUGAAUGAUUUCAAAAACAAAGGAGGGCAUACUUUCAAAGGAAGCAAAUGCCAAGUUGAUGAAGUUAUUGAUGUCAUCUCUGUAGUCAUGGAGGCUGCUUUGAUUGCUGGUAGAUACCUUCAUAAACCAUGAUAUUCAAGAGAAUAUCAAAAGUUAAUUUCAACAAUUAACAGUUUAGUUUUCUCUUUGCUUUCCCCUUUCUCUUCUCUUUUCUUUUUCUUGCUCUGUAAUCAAUUUUACUGCCUGAAGAAUAUGGCUAAACCAAAGAAUUUGAUAUUGUUCCUCAUCCUAUUGAUUCAUGUUCAAAUGCAUACUUUGUGUUUGACUCAA